ACCCGGAAGAGAACAGUACCAUUCUGUCCCACGCCAAUGUUGAGAUGUUGUUAGAGUUAAUUGUGGAGGUUAUGUUGAUACAGUUUGUAUCCAAGGCAGCAUGUUUCGUAAACCUGGCUAACACCAGUGCGCAAAGUCUUCAGGGGAAUGCCACAAUGAAUCAAGAAUCCUUUAACACUUUAUGGACUGCUGAGCGUGCAGUUGAUGGAAAUACAGAUCAGCACUAUUCCCACAAUUCUUGCGCAAUUACAAAUCUUAAUUCUGAACCUCUGUGGUGGAAGGUUUGGUUAAACAGGAAAUUUAAUAUCGCUUAUUUGGAAAUAUACUUCAGAUCAGAUACAUAUACGAGAUCUACUGGAUUCUAUAUUUACAUUUAUGACGAUGAAUCGUUUACGCCACCAGAUGGCGCUACAGGAAGUCUAGUUUACCACCACAAUCCAACGUCACCUUGCCCGGAUUCAAUAAUGAACAUCACCGUGAACAGAAUUGCUCAGGGUGUAGCAUUUUAUAACCAGCGCCCGCCGGGAUUCUUCACAACGUGUACAGGUGCAGGGGAAAGCCAAACGUCUCUGGGGAUAUGUGAAGUCAAAGUAAUGGGUUGUGAUGCUGCUCGAUAUCAUCCUGGAUGUACCAAGGAAUGUCCAACUAAAUGUAAAGAUUUCCAUUGUGAUGCCUUUAAUGGAUCAUGUAUUUACGGCUGUACUUCCUCCACAGCUGUUACCACAAACUGUACAGUUUGCCCUGUGGAUCAUUACAUAUUGAAUGGAGACUGCAUCCAGUGUGGACACUGUAGAGGUGACAGUCCAUGUAACAUAACAACAGGACGAUGUGAUGACGGUUGUGAGAAUCAGUGGAUCGAGGAUACAUGCAAGCUUUGCAGGCCAGGGUUCUAUGGAGGAGAUUGUAACCAGCGAUGUGGGAACUGCGAAUCAGGAACUGUUUGUAACAAUGAUACUGGAAUUUGUCCACAAGGAUGUCAGGAUAACUGGAAUGGUACCAAGUGUGAUGUUUGUCCCGAGAACCAUUACAUAUUGAAUGGAGACUGUAUCCAAUGUGGAUACUGCAGAGGUGGCAAUUCAUGCAAUAGAACAACAGGAGGAUGUGAUAAUGGUUGUCGAAAUCAGUGGAUAGCAGACACAUUUUGCAUGCCAGGAUUCUAUGGAGGGGAUUGUAACCAGCAAUGUGGAAACUGUAAAUCAGGAGCUGUUUGUCACAAUACCACUGGGAUGUGUUCAGAAGGGUGUCAAGAAAACUGGAAAGGGACUAGAUGCGAUGAAUGUGAAGAUGGAUACUAUGGGGAAAACUGCUUCUCGGAAUGCGGAUUUUGUGCAAAUUCAACAGCCUGUAAUAAGGACAACGGUACCUGUUCUGCUGGAUGUCGAGAUCACUGGGAAGGUGACCUUUGUGACGAGUGUAAAGAUGGAUUUUACGGUCAAAACUGUUCCACUGCUUGCGGAAAUUGUGCAAAUUCAGCAGUCUGUAAUAAGGACAAUGGGACUUGUCCAACCGGAUGUCAGGAAAACUGGGAAAAGCCUCUUUGUGACGAAUGUGAAGAUGGAUACUAUGGGGAAAAUUGCUCCUCUGAAUGUGGAUUUUGUGCAAAUUCAACAGCCUGUAAUAAGGACAACGGUACCUGUUCUGCUGGAUGUCAAGAUCACUGGGAAGGUGACCUUUGUGACGAGUGUAAAGAUGGAUUUUACGGUCAAAACUGUUCCACUGCUUGCGGAAAUUGUGCAAAUUCAGCAGUCUGUAAUAAGAACAAUGGGACUUGUCCAAGCGGAUGUCAGGAAAACUGGGAAAAGCCUCUUUGUGACGAAUGUGAAGAUGGAUACUAUGGGGGAAACUGCUCCUCUGAAUGUGGAUUUUGUGCAAAUUCAACAGCCUGUAAUAAGGACAACGGUACCUGUUCUGCUGGAUGUCAAGAUCACUGGGAAGGUGACCUUUGUGACGAGUGUAAAGAUGGAUUUUACGGUCAAAACUGUUCCACUGCUUGCGGAAAUUGUGCAAAUUCAGCAGUCUGUAAUAAGAACAAUGGGACUUGUCCAACCGGAUGUCAGGAAAACUGGGAAAAGCCUCUUUGUGACGAUCAAAACAUGGAAAAUGAUAAUCCACAACAAACUGGAAUUAUUGCUGGAACUGUUGUUGCUGCUCUACUUGUUGCUAUCGUUGGAAUUGCAGUUGUAAUAAUUUACAGACGACGGAGAGGUGGGAAAGGAUCACAGAACAGAGGAGGAAUGAUAUCAAGUUUGUUACCAAACCGAAAGAAGACAAAUAAUAAAUACGCGGACACUACUGGAAUCGAAAACUCGUCUGAGACUCAGUUUGCUGCAACAGUUGAAGCGGAUGACAAUGGUUACUAUAACAUUGCCGAAAUCAACACAUGUAUUAAGGUUGAAGAUCUUCGCCGUGCCAUUGCUGAAAAAGCCGAUGAUGAGAAUAAAAUAUUUAUUUCGGAAUACAAGAGACUUCCUUCCGGAAAUCAAAGUAUUUGUCAUGCAGCACAAAAGGCAGAGAACACUGCGAAAAAUCGUUUCAAAACUACCUUUCCCUAUGAACAUUCAAGAAUUAUCCUUAAAGAGAAAUGGAACGACUUGGACAAUGAUUAUAUCAAUGCAAAUUUCAUCAAGGAUUAUCAUGGUGAAAAGCGCUACAUCGCAGCUCAAGGACCAAAAACAAAUACUUUAUCAGACUUUUGGAGAAUGGUUUGGCAGGAAAACGUUCAAGUAAUUGUCAUGCUCACCAAUAUCGUGGAAAAUGGAAAGACCAAAUGUAUUAAAUAUUGGCCAGACGCAGAUAAACCUUUAGAUAUAGGUCAAUGUAGAAUUGCCCUCUUGGAGGAAACUACCUAUGCAUUUUAUACUGUACGCAAAAUGUCGGUUAAGAAGAAAAAUUCACCGAACAAGAAGACUGUCUUCCAGUUCCACUACAACGCCUGGCCAGAUCACGGUACCCCAGAAGAGCUUGGAUUGGUUCAAUUUCAUAGAUCUGUCAUCAAGAAAUCUCAGUCUGAAUCUUGUUUCUUAGUGCACUGCAGUGCCGGGGUUGGCAGGACGGGGACGUAUAUUGGUCUGGAUUCCUUGCUGAGGCAGGGGCGUGAUACAGGAGAAAUGGACGUUUUUGAAUUCGUCAAACAGAUGAGGGAGGACCGCAUGACCAUGGUUCAAACCCCCGAGCAAUACGUAUUUCUGCAUAAAGCGCUACUAUGUGAGUAUCAAGGGAAAGGAACCACAACGUCGGAAGCUGACUUCCCAGCGAAAGCCAAUAUGCUGUUGAACGAUGAUUCACCAUUGAAUCAACAAGAACUGUAUGAAGAAUUUAAGUCAUUGUCAACACUGAAGCCAUCAUAUGGGGACUCGGAUAAAGAGGAAGCCACGCUGCCCGAAAACAAGUCCAAAAAUGUCAGCAUGAGUAUUUUACCAGUGUCCAAAUAUAGACCUUAUUUGACAUCACAUGUUAAGGGAAGAAAUGACUACAUCAAUGCAGUUAUUCUACCGACAUUUACAAAUGCAGCCGGAUUAAUCAUGACACAGGCGCCCUUGUCUGACACGGAGGUGGAUCUAUGGAGAUUAUGUAUGGACCACGAGAUUGAUGCUAUCGUGGUUCUACAUCAGCCUCACGAGGAAAAUAAGUGGCUCCCAGGAAGAGGAUCAUCUUUGUCUUGUCCGCCAUUUACUGUCACCACCGGCAAUACAGGAAGCAGAAUGGAUGACGUAAAUCAAGAUAGGCUGGUUAUUUCAAACAAUGAGGAGACGAGGAAAAUGGAUAUCUACCAGGUACCAUUUGAAUGCGACAUUGCUGUUCUAAAGGGGGUUGAGCUACUUUUAGAAAUUGAGAAGAACCCAACGUUUACUUCUGUCGUAAUCAGCAACGAUGGUGCUGGACCAGCAGGGAUUUUCUGUGUUUUACACAACGCCCUACAACAGCUUCGUAUUAACGGAGAAGUGGACAUUUUUACAACGGUCAGGCAAAUACAGAUUAGAAGAACAGAGGUCAUCACAAAGAUGGAGGAAUAUAAAAGAUGCUAUCAACUAGUGUCACAGUCAACGGCUGCAGAAGGAAUAUAUGCCAAUCUUUGAAAACAUAGUACUUGUUGACAUUUUACAUCGCAUUUAAUAACAAAAAUGAUCUACAACCAUUACUAACAUUGAAUGUUAUACACACCAUUCAUGGUAUAUCCCCUAUUGCUUGUUGCUUUUUUCUUCAAUAUAUCAUUUACGUUACUAAUAUGUAUCGAAAUAUUACCAAGAUCAAGAACAUUACCUUAAUUAUCAAUCAUAUGCCAUUUGUUUAAUCUUUAGACAUGGUCGUACUUAAGACAUGAUUUAUUAAACUAUUUAUGAGAUGCUUACUUUAUUAGUCCAGGUUAAAAGGCAUAUACCUUUUAUUUACUAUUUCAUUCUAUAUUUUAUCUAAAUAUAUCCAUCUAUCUAAGAUGCAUUGCUGCCAAUGUCCUGCCUAUUUAAAUACAGCUCUAUGCAAUCAUUCUGCAAUGUAUGUAGUUUUAAACAAUCAAAAUUAAUUCGUAGUGUAAUGAUUAUGCAACUAUUAUGUUUAUAUUUUACUUGCAGUAAAAAUAAAGACAAUCGUUUGAUCAAAAUAAA